UCCGUGUACCGUAUGUCUCCGGGUGAAAAUACGGUCAUAUAGGAGCCAUACUGCCCACCCCCCUUCCAGUUACCAGCCCCAGAAGGAGCAAACAAAGAGACAGAGCGGCACGGGAGGAGAGAGUUAGCAGCAGAGGAGGGAGGGAAAAGAGAGAAAGCUCCAAUCUUUCGUCCCCCCUAGCUGCCGAGAUUCUUGAUUGCCGGAACGAAAAAUAGGUGAUUAAAGAUUGACCAUUCGGACGCGAGGUCUGAGCUGAGCUUUCCAAGAACCCGAAUUUGGCGAAGAAAAUGUCAGUGGGCCAUGCGGACGACAUCGAGAUAUCGCUGUGCGACGGUAACUCGGAGGACGAGCGGCGGCGGCGCAAGAUCGGGUCGCUACGGCGGAAGGCCAUUCACGCGCUCAAGAAGCGCGGCCGGAGGCGCGUCGACUUCCGCUUCCCGCCGACGGCCAUCUCCAUCGAGGACGUCCGCGACGCCGAGGAGGAGCGCGCCGUCGCCGCCUUCCGCGACCGCCUCGUCGCGCACGUGCUCCUCCCUGACAAGCACGACGACUACCACGUGAUGCUAAGGUUUUUGAAGGCCAGGAAGUUCGAUGCCGAGAAGGCAAUGCAGAUGUGGGCAGAGAUGCUGAGAUGGAGGAAAGAGUUUGGAGCCGACUCAAUCCUUGAGGAUUUUGAGUUUGAAGAGCUGGAUGAAGUGUUGUGCUACUACCCUCAGGGCUACCAUGGCGUUGACCGUGAGGGCCGGCCGGUGUACAUUGAGAGGCUCGGGAAGGUUGAUCCGAACAAGCUCAUGCAGAUCACCUCUGUGGAUAGGUACAUCAAGUACCACGUCCAGGAGUUUGAGAGGGCCUUAAGGGAGAGGUUCCCUGCCUGCACAUUGGCUGCCAAGAGGCACAUUGACUCCACCACCACCAUCUUGGACGUCCAGGGUGUGGGGUUUAAGAAUUUCUCCAAGACUGCUAGGGACCUUGUACACCGCAUGCAGAAGAUUGACAGCGACUGUUAUCCUGAGACACUACACCAAAUGUUUGUCGUGAAUGCGGGCAGUGGAUUCAAGUUGAUCUGGAACAGUGUGAAGGGCUUCCUUGACCCAAAAACCUCAUCCAAGAUUCAUGUUCUCGGUUCGAACUACCAGAGUAGACUUCUUGAAGUAAUAGACUCGAGUGAGUUGCCAGAUUUCCUUGGUGGUUCAUGCACGUGUAGUGACAAGGGUGGUUGUCUUGGCUCGAACAAAGGGCCGUGGAAUGAUCCUUUUAUCUUGAAGCUGAUACACAAUUUGGAAGCUGGUUGUGUGAGGGAUAUCAAGCCAGUUUCUGAGGGGGGAGAAAGAAGCAGCUCCUCUCUUCGGUUGGAACAGUUCAAGUGGCAGGGCAUGUUUAGUGAUACAUCAAAUGCUGAAUCAGGAUCUGAUGUUGACGAUUUUUGUCCGUCAUUUGUUCAGAAAGUUGCUGACUAUGGUUGCUUGACUCCAGUCCACGAGGAAGUAAAAGGCACAUAUUCUGCAACAUACUUCAGCUGUGAAGAUCGGAGUCACCCAAAUAUGGCUCCUGAAUCUUGCCGUGGAGUGCGACAAACUACUGAAAUGGUGCAGAAACCAAUCGCUGAUUUCAGGCAAUCUUCCACCAACGGAGGGAACAAUGCUCUUAAUUUGGAUGGUACAAUUGCUCAAAGGGGUUGGGAAAGUCUGGUUAAACUUGCAGUCACAGCCUUGAUAAAGCUAUUUUCUUUCAUCCGUCUUUUCAUCUCUAGAGCUGAGAGGCGGCUUGAGAACGUCCAUCAUUCUACUCCACCAGUACCAGCACAAGAACCAGAGAAGCCACAGCCUCGAUCUGUCAGUGAUGGAGAAAUGUGUGCUUGUUUACGGCGUCUUGACAAUCUCGAGUCGUUGUGCAAUCAUCUUACCACCAAACCACCCCAGAUCCCAGAGGAUAAAGAACUCAUACUGUUGAACUCCUUUGAGCGGAUCAAAUCUGUUGAGGCUGACCUCGAGAGGACCAAAAGAGUAUUGCAUGCCACAGUGGUGAAGCAGAAGGCAUUGGUGGAGACUCUGGAAUCUGUACAGGAGUCGUCUAGAGUUAGGAAGAGGAUGUUUUGUUCAUAGGGAUAUGGAGUAACACCAAAUCCGGACAAUGUCAGACAUUAACCAGUGAAGCUGACGCAUGAAGCUACCGGUGCCAUUUUUGACCUCCCCGACUUCAGCCUCGCCCAAGAAAGAAAAGAAAACCAUUAAAAAUGAAAGGGAAGAUAUAUAUCAUCUGUUGCUAGUCGCUUCCUUUCAUCACCUCACCCUCUUUUUGCAGCUGCUAUUUGUACUCCCGUGCCCCUUCUGGUGCCUGGUGAAUGCUGUUCUUUUUUCUAGGCCAAAGUUAUCUCGCGGCCUCGCAUUCAGGGCAGAUACGGGUGAAUUGCCGUUUGAACUGCUGAAGCUGUACUGAUCCCGUGGCUGGAGCUGGAAGCACACAUUGGCAACCUUUCAUGUUAAUGUCGGUGUACAUGCAACCUCUGGUGAUCUGAAUAUAGA